AGCGAGCUGGUGCAGAACCACGCUGACCUGCUGCGGAAGAAUGCAGAGGUGACCAAGCAGGUGACGGUGGCCAGGCAGGCCCAGGGGGACGUGGAGAGGGAGAAGAAGGAGCUGGAGGACUCCUUCCAGCGGGUGAGCGAGCAGGCGCAGAGAAAGUCUCAGGAGCAGGCAGAGGUGCUGGACACACUGAAGCGGGAGCUGGCAGCAAGCAGGCAGGAGCUGCAGGUCCUCCAGGGCACGCUGGAGUCCAGCACACAGGCAGGAGCGGAGCAGAGCACCCGGAUUGCUGGCCUGGAGCAGGAGCGGGACAGCCUGAGCCGGGCAGCAGAGCGGCACGGGGAGGAGGUGGCCACCCUGCGAGCCAAGCUGCAGCAGCUGCAGGACACGCUGAGGUGCAAGCAGGAGAGCAGGAUGGAGCUGAAGAUGCUGCAGACCCAGCUGAGAGACAAGUUACCUCCAUGGGAAAGUGGUGAGCGGGCGCUGCAGCAGCGCCUGGCCGAGGAGCAGUUUGCCCUGCUGCAGGGCACGGCGCGGGCGGCACAGCAGAUGGUGCAGGAUGCUCUGGGUCGCCUGGAAGAUCCCGCUCACAUCGGCUGCACCGGCUCAGCAGGUGAGUUCUCCAGCCGGGCCGGGCAGGCAGCGGUGGCUGGGGCUGAGGCGUGUGUCCCCUCUCCCGCAGCAGCCAUGGGCUCCUUGUUGCCUUGCCUGGCCCUCUUCGCCCACCUCGUCAGUGACACCCUCCUGCAGGGCAGCGCCACCUCCCACGUGGCCCCCAUGGAGCCUGCUGACCGUCUGCUGGAGAUGUGCAAGCAGUGCGGCAGCGAGGCCGUCAGCUUCCUCAGCGCCCUGCAAGACCCAGGGACGGUGAAAGGCGCCAACUGCAGCCUGGUGAUGACCUUCCUGAGCCAGAUCAGCACCAUCGGGGAGGAGCUGCGACCCAAAGGGUUGGACAUAAAGCAGGAGGAGCUGGGUGACCUGGUGGACAAAGAGAUGGCAGCAACAGCGGCAGCCAUUGAAACGGCGGCCGCCCGCAUUGAGGAGAUGCUGAGCAAGGCACGGGCUGGUGACACUGGCGUCAAACUGGAAGUGAAUGAGAGGAUCCUGGGCUCCUGCACAGGCCUUAUGCAGGCCAUCCACGUCCUGGUCCUGGCCUCCAAGGACCUCCAGAGAGAGAUCGUGGAGAGUGGACGGGGUGCUGCGUCUCCCAAGGAGUUUUACGCCAAGAAUUCGCGCUGGACCGAGGGUCUCAUCUCCGCCUCCAAGGCCGUGGGCUGGGGUGCCACUGUCAUGGUCGAUGCCGCUGACCUGGUGGUCCAAGGCAAGGGGACGUUCGAGGAGCUGAUGGUCUGUUCCCGGGAGAUCGCGGCCAGCACGGCCCAACUGGUCGCAGCCUCCAAGGUGAAGGCAGACAAAGACAGCGCCAACCUUUGCAAGCUCCAACAAGCCUCUCGGGGCGUCAACCAGGCCACGGCCGGCGUGGUGGCCUCCACCAAGGCUGGAAAGUCGCAGGUGGAGGAGAAAGACAGCAUGGACUUCUCCAGCAUGACGCUCACCCAGAUCAAGCGUCAGGAGAUGGACUCGCAGGUGCGGGUGCUGGAGCUGGAGAACCAGCUGCAGAAGGAGCGGCAGAAGCUGGGAGAGCUGCGCAAGAAGCACUACGAGCUGGCAGGAGUGGCAGAGGGCUGGGAGGAGGAAGGUGCAGAUUAA